AUGGCCGGCCUUCCCGCUCGGGUGAAGGAGAUCGGUCUCAGCGAGGUUUACCGUUCUGAGGAACCGCCCCUCGUUGAUAUUGUCUUCGUGCACGGCCUCAACGGCCAUGCUUACAACACCUGGGCUUCCAAGAACAAUGGCACCUUUUGGCCCGCCGAUCUCCUUCCUGAAGUCCUCGGUCCUAGUCGCGUUCGCAUCCUAACGUACGGAUACAACGCCAACGUCACGGCUUUCACCGACGGCGCCUCGAAAGACCGUCUUCAUAAUCAUGCAGAAACGUUGGCCUCGGGCUUGGCCGCGAACCGAAAUCUGCGGAAUUGUUCAGAAAGGCCAAUAAUUUUCGUUUGCCACUCGCUGGGCGGCCUAGUCGUCAAGCGCACCCUGAUAUACUGCCGGAGCGUGAACAACGAGAAGAUCCAGCAUCUCAGGUCCAUAUACGUUUCCACGUACGGCAUCCUGUUUCUCGGAACUCCCCACAACGGAUCCGACGUCGCAAAGUGGGGCGCGCUUUUGCAGAACAUCUGUAGUGCUGUAAUGCCGAAGAAGUUCAUGGAAUCUUCGCCUCACUUGGUUAAAGCCCUCAAGACAAACAACGAGACUCUUCAAAACAUCAACAGCCUCUUCGCUGAUAUCACUAGUCGCUUCCACAUCUACUUCUUUCAUGAAACCUUGUCCAGUGACGUCAAGGGCACUCGCGAGCUGAUCGUCGACGAGAGCUCUGCAGCGCCUUACAUGGAAGGUGUCGAACGGAUGGGCAUCGAAGCUGAUCAUAGCCAUAUGUGCAAAUUUGACGAUGAGGGCUCUCCUGGAUAUGAGGCUGUGGCAGAGGCUCUCUUGCGAUAUUCGCGUGACGCCCCAGCGACUAUACAUGAACGCUGGAUCGAAGAGGGAAAAGCGCGCCGGCUCAUGAAAGAGACCAUAGCCCGGGAGAUGUUUGGAAAUGGUAUAAGCGCCCCGGACCUUCGCACAAUUGGUAGGCCACACAUGCUUCCUGGUCCCCAUUCUCCAAUCACCUGGAAUCAAAGACGCUCGGUUGUAUCGGAAAUGGCGAUGGCAGAGAGCACCGAACUGCCUAUGUCACGAUCGCUACGGGCAGAUCCGCUGUUUGUGGUCCCACCCGGUUUCCAUCCAAAUGCAACAUUUGUAGGCAUGAAGAAAGAGCUUGAAGUGUUGAAUGCGCGUUUGUUCAAAGCCAAGAAAAGAGCGGAGCGUCUAAUGGCCGUCUUGAUUUGUGGAGGACCAGGGACUGGCAAGUCACACCUUGCACGACAAUACGUGUGCACUCAUCGAGACAUCUACCCAGCGGGAAUUUUCUGGGUCGAUGCCAAGUCACUUGAAUCAACCUACAAGUGUUUCUGGGAUAUGGCUCAAGCGGCUGCACUGACGGAUGGGCAGGAAUUUCGGUACCCCGACACCAACCCAUCUCGCAAGUAUGUAGACUCGGUGAGGACAUGGCUGCAGAACCGGGAAGGGUGGCUCAUUGUGUUCGACGGAAUCAGCUUUGCGCACGAGCAUGAUAUCAACAACUUCAAGCAGUUCCUCCCGUUCAACAAGAACUGCAGUAUCAUCUACACCUCCGUGGAUAAAACCCUGAAGAGGAAACAACGUUUGUACGAGCCAUAUUGCCUUCAGGUGAAGCCACUCGAGCCGGAGAACGCAUGCAAGCUGCUUUUUGAAGACCUCGGUAUCAGAAAACCAACCGCAGGCCAGAUCAGGAAAGCCACGGAACUGGUAACUCACUAUGAGUGCCUGCCACUCGCUAUACAUGCGAUUGGCCACAGGCUUAGCGCCACGUCGAAGCCAAUUGAGCGUUAUCACAUCAAUUCACAUUUGACAGACGAAAAGCUGGCGGAACCGUUUCUAAGCAUCAUGCACGACCUAAUGUGUCUGGGGCAUUGGACGGCACUCAACCUGGUUAACAUGCUUUCGUUCUUUAGUCACCAUAUCCCGGUUGGUCUCUUGACCUUGGGUCUCUCAACACGUAUAAAGCAGAGGGCUGGAGUCAUCACCCAGAGCAGAAGCGGAGAAACGGGGGAUCUUGACACGACGAUUGGAAUCUUGAUCCGGUAUGGCCUCAUUGAACGAGUAUCUGACUCGUACCCGCUGCACCCCACAGCUCUGUCGCCCCAGGCAGAGAGAGACAAUGUGCUGGAACAAAAGUUUGUGGUACCGGACCUCUCUGAGUCGCAAACAGAAAGCAGUCAGGAAGCCUUCUUCUCUUCAAUAUUGCAGAAUGCAGGAACGAUUGACGUCUUGAAGAUCCAUAGUGUCGUUCAGGGGUUCUGCCGUGACGAGCUGAAGAUGAUGGAUGAAGAAGAGCGGAGGAAAGCCGCCGCCACAAACCCAGACGCUCCGGAGACUGGAUUGUAUGAUUCAUGGCUUGUCGUGGUAUGCGACGUACUCAGCACCUCGUACACGAAAGUCCAAACAAGAAACGAAACUGGCGGCUACGGACUUGUCAAAGAUUACCGCGAGUUCGAGACUCAUGUGUCAAAGGUGCUCGAGCACUUCCCAAGACGAUCUGCCCGGGAGGCAGCUGCGGUCCGUCAGGCGCGGGAAGACAUGAGGAUAUUGAAGAGGAGUAUUUCCAGGGAGAUAGAUCGGAUUUCACCAAGGUCUGGUUCGAUCUAUAACCAACGCUCGGUCUUUGAUCGAUCAAGUAGCUCUUCUUCAUCGGUGCCCGAGUCCGCCGCUGAAGACUUGCCUGCUUGGCUUGAACCGACAUCGCCCCAAGUGGAGUCUCCGCAGGAAGCCGCUCCGCGCCCGCAAAGAUUCAAUCUGAAGCCUUUCCUCCCGCACAUAUUUCGUCAUUCCAACCAGGAUCAGGCGGGCAGCGCUCCUCUGAUCUCGCAAACGGGUGAAGCAAGCGAGAGGCCGGAGUCCAAUUCAGCCGAAGUGGUAUCUAGUACGAAUACGUCGGAUGACCGAGGCUGGCAUCUUGUCAAGAAAUCUUCGAAGCCCUCAAAGCCUGCUGUUAACAAGCCUAAACGGCCUGGCCUACCGCAUCGCAUUCGUGGCUCUCAGCCUGCGGCGCCUGUUCUCAAGGUCUUCCCCGUAGAGGGCAUAUCGGGCAAGCCUGGAGACCAAGACCGGAGCAGCUCUCGGACCUCGGCGUCGGAGGCGUUGACGGCGGUCACAAAAGUCACGCGCCCCCAGAUGAACGGCAGGCAGUUUGCAAGUGCUCCAGGCGAUUUCACAAAGAGCUUGUCGAAAGAAAAUGAUUCGCCCAGCUACGCCACGAUUGCAGCCAGACAGGCGCAACAUAUCACUGAAAAGCCACGGUCAUCCUCGAUUCCUAGUAGAAGCCGGCCAAUGUUGCAGGGUCUGCAGGAUAAAUCUUCUGAAGAAUCACUUUUCAACCGUUCGAGCAACGUUAUGUCUUCGAAGCUUCCAAUGACUUCUUCGGCAUAUAGUGAGCCUGAUCCGGCGUAUUUAAGCCAUCAAUUGAAUGCUUUGGAACUCGGGGUGACGGCUAGUCGAUAUAGAGCGCCUCUGGGCACGUCCUUCAGUGGUAUUGGGUCUCCAGUGGGCGAUAUGUCAGCAAGCACACCUUCUAUGACAUAUCUCGCGCCAGGCCUGCCAUAUGAGGGUAACAUCGAUAUAUCAGCAGCACGUCGACUGAGCACCACACCAUCGACAUCAACAGGCCCAGUUUCCCAUCCGUCUGCGAUCAUGCCCGGAACAUCACCACCGUUUUCAGACGUGCACGCUGGAUACACGUCCGAGCCGGCCCCAGAGCCGAUGUCUCGUGAUAUGUCCGCGAAGUCACAACAGUCCUGGGCCACCGACCCAGUCCCUUAUCCCAAUAGAUGGGCCCCAGUAAACAUCAUUCCACCAAUCCCGAAGCUGGCACCACCGCCAAGGCCAAGUAAAUUUCAGGCAGAGCUUUCGUACGCAGCGGCAGCGGCACAUCUCCGGACUUUGGAGCCUCUAGAGGGUCCCGUCCCCUUCGAGCCUGUGUGGCCGCAUAUGAAUGUUGACAGCAGACCACAGUUUGGUGGGCCAGUGCAGUAUGCAGCGGCAGCAGGGCAACUCUUGCCUGGGUACCCUGCAACUUACCACCCAAACCUCUCCGGACCUCUACUCUCACACGAGUUCACCAUACCGAUGGCGGAGCCGCGCGGCGGGCGAGCCCGGAGUGGGAGCUCUCCUCCACGACAAGAAUAA